CUUUUGUUUAAAGAAAACGGGUAGAAAUUGUUUAUAUUUCGUAAAACUAUGAAAAUAUUUGUAAUAAUAUUUUUAGUACUUUCUGUAGAGGAAACUUUGCAGCAAUCACUUGAUGGCUUAAUGGAAUUAGCGAAAACUUCUGUCAUUGAUUGUUAUGAAGAUGAAGAAAAUACUAAAAAGAUUGAAAUAACUGAGACUGGCUUUGAAGAUAUUGCGAAUGGAUCUCGUGAUGCUGUAAGAAAUGCAAAAUGUAUUCGUUACUGUAUCAUGAAAAAACAUAAUUUGUUCUCUGACGAUAAUUCGCUAAAUGAAGCAGAAAUCGUACCAUUUUUCGCGUAUUUAUUUAACAACACCAUCGACAAGAACCAUCUUAAAGGAAUCAUUGCUGACUGUAAUAAAGCAAUCGCCAGAGAAACUGAUCGAUGUGAACGUUCUUAUAUGGCAAAUAAUUGCAUUUUACAACGUUUGAACGAGAGUGGCAUGAAAGGUAUUUGAAGAACGGAUAAAUGGCAGAUAUUUUACUUAACAAGCUAUGCUAUUUGUGUAACUGUUUUUAAC